AUGGCCAAUUCCACCAUGGUAACUGAGUUUCUCCUUGUGGGCUUUGCUGAUGGAUGGAAGAUAAAUUUCCUGCUUUCCAUGCUAUUUCUUCUAAUGUACUUGGCCACUCUAGUAGGGAAUAUCUUCAUCAUCAUUGCUACCACAUUUGACCAGAAUCUUCACACACCCAUGUACUUUUUCCUCAGAAAUCUGUCCAUCUUAGACAUGUGCUAUAUUUCUGUUACUGUUCCCAAUGCCUGUGUGAAUUCUCUCACUGAUAACAGGGCUAUUUCAGUAGCUGGGUGUGUAACUCAGAUCUUUCUGGUCAUUUAUUGUGCGUUUGUGGAAAUUCUAUUGCUUUCUGUCAUGGCCCAUGAUCGUUAUGUGGCUAUCUGCAAGCCUCUCCACUAUCCCAUCAUCAUGAACCACAGAUUCUGUAUCUGGACAACACUGGUUUCCCUGAUCAGUGGCCUUAUCUAUUCAGGUGUGCACACAGCCAACACAUUCCGACUGUCCUACUGCCGAUCCAAUGUGGUUCAUCAGUUCUUCUGUGAAAUCCCCUCUCUUCUGAGGCUCUCCUGCUCUGACAUUUCUAGCAAUGAGACUUUAAUACUUAUUUCUGCCAUGAUCGUUUGUGGUGGUUGCUUUAUAUAUAUUUCCUUGUCAUAUGUUCAAAUACUUUCUACCGUGCUUAAGUUUCCAACCCGAGAGCAAGGGAAAGCCUUUUCUACUUGUGUCCCUCACAUCCUUGUGGUGUCUGUCUUCCUCAGUUCCUUAGCCUGUGUAUAUCUAAGGCCUUCAGAAAACUCUGAAACAAUUCAGGAUGUGAUUCUUUCUGUGUUUUAUAUCAUUGUGCCUCCAUUUUUGAAUCCUAUUAUCUAUAGUCUUAGAAACAAACAGGUAAAGGGAGCUGUACAAAAGAUGAUAUUAAAAAGUUUUAUUUAA